AUGUCCUCUUCUAAUAGCCCCAGGUCCCUGAGGCUGGUGUUUAUUUUUGGAAUAGGAUUGGCAUCCAAGGUCCUGAGCUGUCCACCAAACUGCACUUGUCAGUACCUGGAAGUGAACUGCACAGGAAGGCAGCUGCAGGAGUACCCCCUGACCAUACCACUGGACACAAGGCAGCUAAUUCUGGCUACCAACAACAUCUCCUAUCUGCCCUCCGUGGAGCUGAACUUCCUAACUGACUUGGUCUAUCUGGACUGCAGGGAGAACCACAUUGGGGAAGACCUGGGUUUUACCUUCAUCAGUGUCGUCAAGCUUGUUUACUUGGACCUGAGCGCCAACAACCUCACGCGUGUCACUUUUACCAGUUUCUCUCAACUCACCAACCUGGUGGUGCUGAAACUCUCAGACAACCCAAAUUUGGUGGAAAUUGAGAAGGAUUCCUUUGCCAAUAACAGCUGGCUGAGGCACCUGGAUGUGAGCCGAACAGGCUUAACUUUCUUGGAUACCAGCACUGUCAGUGAUCUGGCCAACCUGAAGUCCCUGGGUCUAAGUGGAAACCCUUGGAACUGUAGCUGCUCUUUCUUGGAAUUCAGUAUCUGGAUAAAAGAGAGCGGCCUUAAUUUCCCAGAUGCUGAGAACAUCUCCUGCUACAGCCCAUCAGAGCUACGUGGCUGGCCAGUGCCUGAUGUGGAGACACAACUCCACUACAUAUGUCUCACCCACUUAUACCAGUGGGACUAUAUCUUCCUGGGUCUAGUUGGCUUCUGCAUAUUCUCUGCUGGCACUCUUGCAGCCUGGCUUGCUGGCAUUUGUGCAGUGUUAUAUGAAUUCCACACAGCUACAGGGGAAGACGAUGCAGAUGAAGAGGAAGAGGAAGAGGCAUCCACUUAUAACUGACCUUUGAAGUCCUUGUGAAAGCCUCUGCUAGCUGUACAUUUACUUUGGUCCCUUUCUCCCUUUCCCAACCUCA